AUGCUAUAUGACUCGGAAGACCACUCACUUUUUCUCACUCCGCGUGUUUGUUAUUUCUCGGCUGCAAAAGGUGGGGCAUCAAGACAUAUGAUGGUGAAUGGAAGCAGUCAACGGAUGGCCAUUAAGAUCAAAUGUAGCAACAACGAGAUAUUCCGCGUUUCGCCUGUGUACUGCCUGUUGGAGCCAGGAGGUUCGCAGAGGUUACAGAUUGUUCGAGAUCCCGGGGAGGCGAAAAUCGACAAAAUUGUGCUUCUCUACCGAUACACAACGUUAUCUAAUCCGCGAGAUGCUUUCAAAGAUCUAGAGAAGGAUGAAGACAUCGACUUGACGUUGGCACCGACGACAAAUUUGAAAUCGAUUCUGAAAGCUUAUCCACAGUGUUAA